UGUCAGCUUUGCUUACACACCUUUCAGAGCUUCUUUAGUUUAUUCAAAUUCGAAGAGGAACUAGAAUGCAAAUGCCUUAUUAACAAAGUUUUCGAGACGGACUUUACAGAUCCCACAGCCACGUGGACGGCGGAGCUGCUCUAUUUUUAAACUGGGGGACUGGCACACGACUUGGCCUGGUCAAGAAACCCAAGCGCGGAGCCGUGCUUGAACUUGAGCUACUCUCGACUCAUCUCUACUUCGGAUUCCAGUUCAGUUCAGUUCGCUUUGCCAGCCAGCCUCCUAUGCAAAUGAGCCAUCCGCAGACCUGGUUAUCUAUCGAGCGAGCUGGUGUUUGUUUUAUGCGAUCUUGGAGUGACGCAGUGACGCAGUGACACAAUGACAAUGGACCUGCCCAACAAACCCAUUUCUGCCAAGUCAUGCGAGGUGGCCAAAAGCCAUUGAUAGACGGCUCUCCGAAACUUCGGCCUUUGCGGGCCGUAAUUACAGACUUCCGUCUUUGAAACAGUUUCGCAGCCCCACCCAAAAGAUGGGAUGGGGGUGGCCCUGGGGGUGGAUGGAUCCAGAUGAUGGGAAGAUGGUAUGUGGGUGCCAGAGGCGCCACAAUGUAUCCCGUUACAGGUUACAGGGCCAUAAAGCGCCAUAAACGCCGCGACGGCAAGGGCAAAUUAUAACGCAUACGGACACGUAGUCGAUCCGCUGGCUAGCUGGAUGGCUGGCUGGCUGGCGGGCUAAUUGGACGUGCCCGGCCAGGAUGGCCCCUCCGCUCCCCUCCGCGCCCCUUAAAAGUGGGCGUAACAUAACAAUUGUGGGCGAUUUGCAUACAAUUUGGGCUCGAGUGGCCAGCAGGCUGGCGACGAAAUGUUGCUACGUCAUUGUUGCCGCUCCUGGCUGCUGGCUAAUAAGCCAGCUUGAAUGCGGCUGCUUUCGGCCUUUGUCCCACUGACAGCCGCUGACAGGCGAAACAAACAUAUCACGGCUGACCAGAGACAGACAACCGGACAAUGUCAGGGUUUAUUGUUGUGACAGUGACUAUGCAGCCGCUAAUCUGCCGCGGAAUAGCGCCUAAGUGCUGAAAAAGUGCAGUGGCAACAAAGCCGGCGAACUCCGAGCCCCGAGUCCCGUUCCAGCGAGAGUCCUCUGCAACAUGUUGCCGCAGCACUUGUUGCUCGCGCCCACACGACACCUCAACGGCAGCAGCAGCAGCAACAGUAGCAGCAGCAACAGCAACAGCAACAGCAACAGCAGCAACAGCAACAGCAACAGCAGCAGCAACAACAGCAGCAGCAGCCUCCUUGGAGGCCCACAAAGGACAGCGUAUAAAACAGGAUGUUUCGGCAGGCACUCGCACAGAAGUGUUACUCACUCGCCCGGGCAACAAGUGUGUGUGCGACCAGGAUCCCCGUUCCCGACUCCAUCCCAGUUCCGAGUGCCCACCGCAGCCAAGGAACAACUUUAGAAGAUGGGCAUCGCGCUGAUGUUCCUGCUGGCGCUGUACCAGAUGCAGUCAGCCAUCCACAGCGAGAUCAUCGAGACGCCCGCCUUCGGGGGCAACUCCCUGCAGGACUCCGGGGCGCCUCCCGCCCCCCAGGAUAGCGAGCUGGUGGACGCCCUCCUCGCCGGCGACCAGGACGAGCAGGCGGAGCUGGAGUUCCGGCACCCCGUCUCCGUGAUCGGCAUCGACUACUCCAAGAACGCCCUGGUGCUGCGCUUCCAGAAGCACGGCCGCAAGCCGCGCUACAAGCUCGACCCCGAGCUGGAGGCCAAGCGGAGGUCCCUGCAGGACAACUUCAUGCACUUCGGCAAGCGGCAGGCGGAGCUCCUUCCGCCAGACGGGGGCUUCGGGGGCUUCGGUGGCUCCGCCGAGCUGGAGGGCGUGGGCAAGCGGUCCGUCAUGGAUCGCUAUGGCAGGGAUCCCAAACAGGACUUUAUGCGGUUUGGCAGGGAUCCCAAGCAGGACUUCAUGAGGUUUGGUAGGGAUCCCAAACAGGACUUCAUGAGGUUUGGCAGGGACCCAAAGGAGGAUUUCAUGCGAUUCGGUCGCGAUCCCAUGCAGGACUUUAUGAGAUUCGGACGUGAUCCCAAGCAGGACUUCAUGCGGUUUGGUAGGGAUCCAAAGCAGGACUUCAUGAGGUUUGGCAGGGAUCCCAAGCAGGACUUCAUGCGGUUUGGCAGGGAUCCCAAGCAGGACUUCAUGAGGUUCGGGCGCACUCCGGCGGAGGACUUCAUGCGGUUCGGGCGCGCGGACAACUUCAUGCGCUUCGGACGCAGUCCUCACGAGGAGCUCCGCAGCCCCAAGCAGGACUUCAUGCGCUUCGGCCGCCCCGACAACUUCAUGCGCUUCGGCCGCUCCGCCCAGCAGGACUUCGUGCGCUCCGGAAAGAUGGACGCGAACUUCAUUCGCUUCGGCAAGAGCGUGAAGCCGGCGCAGCCCGAGUCCAACCAGACCAAGGCGGGCCAGCCGGGCGAGCGGAGUCCCGUGGACAAGGCCAUGUCGGAGCUGUUCAAGAAGCAGGAGCAGCAGGAGCAGCAGGCGAAGAGCGGCGAGCAGGCGAGCUCCGUGGACGAGGGCAGCGCGGAGCAGGAGCAGGAGCAGGAGCAGGAGCAGUUCUUCGGCCAGUGAGCGGUGCUCCCUGAAAGGUCCUCCUUGUAAAUAGAUGUUGACAAAGGAUCCCACUAAUCGUAACUGACAUACGUAUACGUACUCCCUCGCCCCUCACACCACUCGAACUCCCGACAAACGCCGAACCCAUGAAUUUUUAAUGAGGGCUGGAUUAAAAAUUCACUGCGCUUUGGAGUUCUUAUCUAUAUAUAUAUCGUUUAUAAGUAUAAUCUGAACGCAUCGGAAGGCGUGAAACGUUCCAAAUAAAGAUUGCUCCACUGUA